GCGCCGCCUUGCCAGUCUGGAGGACUGCACCGCGUAGAGACGCUCGUAAGCAUCGCACGAAUCACAUCUCUGCACGCCAUCGCAGCGACAAUGCACGUCACCCUCGCGCGGGCCCUCUACCAGGCCGCUUUGUCCCUGGUGGGGCUGCACUUGGCAAGGAGGAACGCGCAGCACGCGAACGAAGGCUUGAGUCCAGCACACCCACGUUAUAAUGAUGCGGCAGCAUUGUUAGGUGGAGGCCUCGCGCACGCCGCGAAGAGCCGAACCGUGUCGAGGCGGUGGCGCGAUUUUGUGGUCGAGGAAAGAUGUGGAGACGCCUUCGGGGAGUUGAGGAAAAGGUGGCACUGCGGGAGGGAGCUGGCACGAUUAGGAAGGCGCGACCCGUGUCAAGCUCUCGAGGUGCUCGGCGGCGGGGGCAGCAAGGGCGCCGCCAAUCGAGGCCUCUGCUUCUUCGUGACGAGAUGCGGCCAAUACAUCAUCAAACAAGAAUCAUCAGCAACUUUGCGGACGCUCGAUAAUGUGGCGAAGACGUAUGCGGCACGCGCCUCCGUACAAGGGUCGCUCCUACCUCGAUUAGUUGGCGCUUAUACCGUACGAUCGAACACGACGACGACACACUGGCUCGUGAUGGCGAAUACCUUCGCUGGUGCACCUAAAAUCAAGGCGGUUUAUGAUGUGAAGGGCUCGACGGCGGGCCGCCGCACGCGGCCAAAAAAGGGCACUCUUAAAGAUCUGGACGCGCGCGACGACGCGGCACAACUAAGGUGCUAUGGGAGCGGCGAGGUCGUGGAGGCUUUGAGUGGAGACACGCGCGUCCUGGAGCAGUUGAGGCUGUUGGACUACUCGCUGCUCGUCGGCGUCUGCGAGCCGGGUUUGUUCGGUGGUUGGAGGGCAGCACGAUAUAAAAAACGGGACCGCGGGACGCGCAUGUUGGUUUGUAGAGACCGCGGCUUCCUCGUCGUCGGUUUGAUCGACGUGCUCCAGCCCUGGACGUGGGCGAAAGUCGCGGAGUACUAUUGUAGGGGCGCGCUGCGGGGCUGGCGGCGGAUCUCCGCCGUGCCGCCCGUUUUUUACAGGAGGCGCUUCCUGGCGUUCGUCUCUCGUUUACUAGAUACAUAAGUUUUAUGAACACA